UUAAAACCAUACAUAAUGCUCUCAUCACCCAUAUACGCAGCGCCGGUGGCAGACGAGCUAACUGCAGAUGUUACUUUCACAAUGCCAAAACCAACGAAAAAGCGACGAAAGCGGCGAAAGCGUUGCGCCACCACAGUACCCACAAUUUCCACUACAACAUCCACUAUAACAACAAGAGAAACCGAUAAUACACUCUCCGUGGCCACAGUUUCCAGCAGCACCAGCCCCUGUAAAAGCAAAGCCACACGUCGCCGUGCUACCAAUAAAGCGCGACGUUACUUCCAACAUGACACACGUGAAAUUUGCAAAACGAUAACAGAGAGUGAACUCAAUUAUGCCGCUGUAGCGAAAAAAUUUAAACCACUUACAAAUGCAACGAAUAAGAAUCAAACACAAAAACAACUGUGCCAAAAACAAAUUGUGCCAAAACAGCAAUGGCAUAAACAACAGUUGAAAAUCGCGAAACGUCAAGAGCAAAAGCCGAAAAUGCUCACAAAAUAUAUGCGAAAAUCCUCUCCACACUUUUGUACAAUCACAACGGCGAAUAGAACGCACUCGCAUUGUAAAUGCGCAUGUGCUUUUGCCACCGCCGCCACCAAAUAUAAACAACAAAGAGGCAACAAAUGUGAUAACAAACCAAAAGUAAUGGAACAACAACAAGCUGCAGUUGUUGAUUCAGCAAUGAUUGUGGAAGAGUUAUUGCGAAAAUUACUCAAUGCACAGCACAACAAUGCAAAUGGUGUCAACUCCCAAUCAACUAUGUUGAAUUUAUUGCAAAAUUAUGGCUUAACUUCUUCCACAGCGCCACGCAUAUCACUGCUAGACACGCUGAUAGGCGAGCAAUUUCAGCAAACGACAAGUCUGUGCCAACAGCAGCUUAGGCAUGUCGUUAGUGUCCGUGAGACGCAUCAAAUUGCUGAAGCGCAACAGGAGAAAAACGCCAAAUUGCGUGAAGCCUUUAACAUUUCCGAGUAUUUUGUUGAGGGCUCCAGUUUCGAUUCGGAUCGUAAAGCUAAAGAAGAUUUGGCUAAAAGUCUGGCGCUACAAAAGGAAUUAGAUGCGCAACGCGAGAGCGCUGCCGCAAGUCGCGAUAAGGAGAAGGAGCGCGAGGAUAAGCGUCGUUAUGCCUUAGUGCGUACGCCAUCGCGUGAAAAAGAUAUUGCCGGCAGUGGUGGCAGCAAAGAUGAUAGUGAUAAUGAAGCACAUGAGCAUGCUUCCAAGUCGGAGAAGAAGAAAAAGAAGAAGCGCACGCGUGAGAGUUCUGCCAGCCCCGAGCGCAAAAAGGACAAGAAGAAAAAGUCUAAAAAGCAUAAAAAAGAAAGUAAGUCGAAGAAGAAGAAGUCGCGCAAACGUAAAGCCAGCGAAUCCGAUAGUGGCGAUUCCGAUCAUGGUUCUGACAAUGAGAAAGCCAGCAGCGAUUCGGAGUACGAGCAGAAGAAACAACGCAAACGCGCCAAAAAGGACAAGAAAAAACGCGAUAAGAAGAAGAAAAAGGAACGCAGCAGUUCAGUGGAGAAGUCGCGCUCAAGAUCUCGUGAACGUAACGGCCGUAAUGAGCGUAAGCGUUCGGAAGAGAGAUCAUCAAAGCGCGGCGGUGAUCGUAGUACAACGCGACAUAGAUCAAAAUCGAUCACAAAAAAUACACACGAACGUCAUUCAGCCGAAAGAAAUGUACGGAAUGAGCGAAAACGUUCCGAAGAACGAUCAAGAAAGAGAAGCGAGCGGAAAUCACCGCGUAAUGACUCUAAAUCGUCGACCAGAAAUCCGUUCCGUAGUCGUUCACGUGAACGUGCCGCAGCUGCACCACAAAAAAACACGCAGCGACGCAAUUCGUCAGCGGAAAGUCAAAGCCGGGAGCAUUCCAGAGAACCAAAACGACAUUGCGAUAAUGAACGACGCAGUCGACGUGAACGCGAAGGCAAUUCGCGUGAGCGACGUAAGGAAGUUUCCGUCGAACGUAAUGCACGUUCCAGCAAGCGUGAUGUCUCACGUUCGGUGUCACGUGAUAGGCGCGAUGUACCAUCACGCUCACGUAAGGAGAAUGCCUCAAGAUCGGCAUGUACGCGCUCUCGUUCGCGUUCACGUUCAAAAUCGCAAUCACAACGUCAUAACCGUCGGCGCUCUAAUUCCUCCACAGCGGCAGAUAAAUUGCGCAAGCGUACCAUAACACCAACGGUGCCACCACCAAAGGGUGCUGCCGCUGCUGCUUCUGUGUCCCCCACACGUUCCGAUUCAAGCACACGAAAGAAUCCCUUCAAUCCAUUUAAAAUUGAUGUGCCGCAAUUAGCUGGGCCUGCGUCCGCUAGUGAGGCGCGACCCGUGGCGAAUCCAUUUAAGAACGCUAGCGAGCCCGUAAAACUAUCGAAGAUGCCAAGUCGCACCCGCUCACCGUCUGCAACAAGCAGCGGUCCCAACCGUACUGCUGAUGGACGGUCACGUUCGAAGAAAGAUGCGACACGCAGUAGUCGUGGUCGGUCUCCCAUUAAAGAGGAGCGCGCAUCUUCGGUGCGUUCUACGCAUUCAAGUCGGGAUGCUCGUGUAGUUGAAAAAGAAAUAGCAAUUAAACGAGAACGUUCUCGUGAACGCAAAAGAACACCUGAGCUACGACGUUCACCGCCACGGCGUGACCGUGAAAUGAAAAGGGAAAGAGAUCAUUCACGUGAUCAGCGUUCGCGUUCACAUAAUAUGCAGGUAACUAAACGACGCGACCGUUCGCAUACUCGUGAAAAAUCAUCUUUGACACGACGAUCUGAAUCUCGUGCCGACCACGAGACCGACAGACGUAGACGGUCUUCACGCGAGCGUCGUAGAACGCCCGAUUCGCGAUCGGUGGAACAACGUCCCCGACGUGAUUUGAAAGAAAGAGAGAGAUCACGCUCACGUCGUGUAUCACGUGAAAAACGAGCUGAACAACGAAGAUCUGAGGAACGACGUGAGCGCCCUACACGCACGCCUACUAAGAAAAUAUCACCACACCGACGUCGUCGUACAAGAUCACGUUCCCCUGUAGCAGCGUCAAGAAAUCGGAAUGCUGCGUCUCCCUCGAACAUGAAAUCACGUUCAUCACGUGAACGGAGUUCAAAAGACGCAACUUCUCCGUCAUCGAGAAGGCGAGCAGAAGUCGAAAAGACAAGAGGACGACGCUCCCAAUCGCGUAAUUCCUCAGAACUCAGCUACUCGCCGGCACGACGUAAUCCGGAACGUUAUCGGGACAUUCUCGAAACAGCAGAUAAGCAAAAGGUAAAAGAAAAACCGUUAUCAGCAGAACGCGAAACAAAGAAACGCUUUGGCGACACUGAAACAGCAUCGCAUGACACGCGUAAAACUCGCAAAAUUCCCGAGGAGAGAACAUCCAAUGAGCGGGAUGAACGCGAUCGUACUGGCCGUGUCAGAGAGCAUGGAAACAGUGACAGCAGCCGCGCACGGGCUGCUGAACGUGAUCGUGAUCUAGAACGCGAACGGGAACGUGAACGUGAUGCUCAACGCAACAUGGAUCGAAAUGAGCGGCCGCGUAGCAAAGAAAAACGCAGCAGGGAACGUAAACGCGAACGUGAAACUCGCGACACUUCAAGCACUAAGCGCGGCAAACCCUUGACGGGUCCAGUAGUGCGCUUGCAAGGUCAGAGCGAGGAUGAAAACGAAACGGAUGAGCGUCCAGAAAAGGUAGCUGCCGCGCUCGAUGAAUUCCAAGAAACCAAACGUGGACGAGAACUGAAAGACUUGGAAAUGCUGGAGCAGCUUAAAACAGGCAUAGCCGCUAAAGCAAAGGAGAAAUUGAAGACAAUUGAGAAAUUGGCCAUUGGAGGUGGAAACAUGAGUAACGAACCUCUGGUAGCGGCGCUAGCCGACAGUACGCUCGUCGAUACGAUUGUCUCGAAAGUGUCGACAGCCACCGUGGCCGCAGCUGAGAGUGCCGCACGCCGUAGUCGCAGUCGUUCGAGGCGCAGUCGCAGCCGCAGUCGUAGCCGACCACGACGAGAUGGAGGCGGUGGCGGUGGCGGUGAGAGAAGCGGCGGAGGAACCAGCCGUCGGCGUUCCACUAGCCGAUCACGUUCAUCACAUUAUUCGUCGUCGAGCAGUCGCAGCCAUAGCCGUUCACGCAGUCGUAGCCAUCGCAGUUCACGUUCUCGCUCACAUUCACACUCUUCGCAUUCGAGCUGUUCGACACGUAGCAGUUCACGCAGCUCAUCAAGCUCUGGCAGUUCCGGUUCCUCUCGCACUGGCUCACGUUCACCAUCAAUUCCCCGAAGGCGUGGAUCUCCCAGUUUUCUCGACCGCCGUCGCAUAACAAGUGCACGCAAACGUCCGAUUCCGUAUCAUCGGAAAACACCAUCGGAUGCCUCCAGCUACUGUUCGAGUUGCUACAGUCGUGACAGUUCACCACAUUCGCCCUCACGUUCGCCCACGCGCAGCAGCCGUAGUCCAUCGACGGCAUUUUGAGGUUUAAAGAAGAAACUUUUUAAAGUUUUACAAAAUAUUACAUAAGAGUGCGACGUUCACGGUGCGCAGCAGAAAACCGAAAACACAAUUAUGUGUUUUUAGUUGAAAAGAAAACAAGAGAAAAAGUGCAAGGCUCUAAGCAUGAGUAUUAUUUCUAGUCCUAUGCAAUCAUUCUAGUCCUGUUAAUUUUUAAGCUUUAGUGCAUAUAGUACACACGUUAAUAGUAAUGAAAACGCUACUAGUCAAGUAUUUGAAUAAAACAAAAACGCUUUGUUAUUUUAUGCUAAAGAUUUUUUUGUUCCAUUCAUAUUACAAGCGCUUACAAUAAUACUCAUUAUUAUACUAAUUCCAAUUACUUAAAUAAAAAUGUAUACAAAAAUUAAGUUUUAAAAAUUGUAAGUUAAUUUUAAUUUAGCAAUAAGUCCAUCUAAUGUAUAUGAUGUAAGAAAAAAUAAUAAAUAUAUUAUUGAAACAUGCAUACAUAUUUGUUGCGAAAUGUGA